AUGCAGAAUGAGGCCCAGGGCCCGGCAGCCGCCAGUGCCAGCAGCAUCAGUACGACUCCCAGUGUCACCACCAGCCUGGUAACUACUAGCAGCACUGGGAGGCCAACCCUGCCCCACAUCUCUGUCUACGCUGGGAUCCCAGGUAGACAGACUGCUCAGGUGGUCCAGCAGGCGCUCCACAGACAACCCAGCACGGCAGCCCAGUACCUGCAGCAGAUGUAUGCAGCCCAGCAGCAGCACCUCAUGCUUCAGACAGCAGCCCUCCAACAGCAGCAGCAGCAACUGAGCAACGCUCAGCUCCAGAGGCUAGCCGGUGUGCAACAGGCUACCAUAGUGGCAGGAAGACAGAGCUCCAACCAGAAUUGGACCUCCUCUCACCAGACAUGUUCCACACAGACCACUGUAAACCCGGCCACACCUCCAGCAGCGGCCCAGAUAAUCAGCAGAGUCCAGAGCGUUAGCUCCACUCCCACCUGUAUCCCCCAGCAGGCUGUGCUCCUAGGCAACGCCUCCAGCCUCGUCCUCACCGCCAGCCAAGCUCAGAUGUAUCUGCGGGCUCAGAUGGUAAGAGAGUGGCACCUGGUCCUGAUUUGGAGCAGUCUUAGUGCCAAUAUUUUUUUGUUCUUCCAGCUCAUCUUCACCCCAACUGCAGCUGUUGCCACUGUCCAAUCAGCAGCCUCAUCACAGUCUGCCACCAACCAACAGUCUGCUAGUGCACAGGUGCAGAACCUUGCCAUCUGUAGUCAGCAGGGGGCCCCCUCCUCCUCUCAGCUCCAGGGCCUUCAUCUCAAACAGAUGUCUGGAGGGUCCCAAGUCUCCCUGGCUGGCCACCUCAGGGGUCCAACCCAGGGGCCACAGGGAGCACAACUGGGGUCCCUGGAGGCCCCAUCAGAGGGGGGGCAGAAAGGUGAGGGCCACUUGGUGACCGUGAGCCGCAGUGUGAUGGCCGUCAGCAGUCACCCCCUCAUCAGCCCAGCGUACGCACAAAUCCAGACGCACCAGUUUCUGCAGCAGCAAAAACAGCAGUUUGUGUUCCAGCAGCAGCGACACCAGACCCAGCAGCUUUCUCUGAGGGGCCAGGCCCCAGUGCUACACACAGCCUCCAUCCACAGUCACACUCAGGCCCAGAUGCUACAGGCCCUGGCUAUCCAGCCCAAGGAGGGCCCUGUCCCUGUGCUGCCCAAACCAUUUGUCUCUGCCAAUGUUCCUAGCCUGCAGGCCACCAUCUUCCACUCCACUGUCAGUCCCCAGAUUCUUACCCACAACAGGCCAACCCCUGUGGUCACCCAGACCCGGGCUGCUCCGCUGCCCAACACCAAGCUAGUGCAGAUGGCUGCAGUCGACCUCCAGAUCCAGCCAACUGCUCUUACACCAGCCUCUCAGCUGGUUCAGGAUAGUGCUGGCAAGGAGCUGCCCAUGUCUGAGGUAGUCACGGAGAACAGCUCCACUCCCCUCAUACAGCAGCCAACAGCCCCUCCUAUUCUUGAGGUCAUCACUAUUGAGCAAUGCCCAUUGGAUCCCAGCAACCCCACCACACCCACUGGAGGUAAGGGAGAUGCUGAGUGGCUGAAUGCGCAACCAGGUGCAGGCUCACUUCCAGUCAUGACCUCAGGGAAUGGGAACAAUGCGCCCAUGGUGACAGGCAGUACCCCACAGAAUGGCGAGAGCAAACUGCCUCAAGCCAUAGUGAAACCCCAGAUCCUCACCCACUUUAUUGAGGGAUUUGUGAUCCAGGAGGGAGCAGAGCCUUUCCCUGUUGAACGUCCGUUGUCGUUGCUGAUCGAGAACCUGAAGAAACACAAACAGCAGACACACUCUGACUCAGAGAAGACGACUACCUCCUCCAACAGCACCACUGACUCUGAGAUGGAGGACCUAUCACAGCAAGAGCUGAAGCAGCAAGAGGAGCCCACCCUGACGUGUGAGCUGUGUGGCAGAGUGGACUUUGCCUACAACUUCAAGAGAUCCAAGAGGUUCUGCUCCACAGUGUGUGCCAAACGGUACAAUGUGGGGUGUACAAAGCGAAUGGGCCUCUUUCCAAAUCGACAAACCACGAUGGAGAAACUGAAGAAGCAGAGAACAUCCAAUGGGAACCACCAGAACUCAAGCUCCGAGACCAAAAAACAGACACCCACUACUGGGCAGCAACCUGGGGGUGGAUCGGUGAUGUCCAGCCACCCCUCUCACCCUGGUCACAGGGAGUUCAGCCAUUGUUUAGACAUGUCCAGCUACGAGGGUCCCCCUUCGCCCCCACUGUCUGCUGCCAGCUCUAGUGCUCCCAGGUCCCAGGUGGGCAGAGGGGCAGAGCACACGGAGGGCUGUGGACAAGAGCUGCCCCUCUCCCAGCACUUCCAGCCCAGCGACCCGGCCAAGUGGAACGUGGAGGAGGUCUACGAGUUCAUCUGCUCCCUGCCAGGUUGCCUGGAGAUAGCCAAGGAGUUCCGCUCGCAGGAGAUCGACGGCCAGUCUUUGCUGCUGCUGAAAGAGGACCACCUCAUGGGCACCAUGAACAUCAAACUGGGGCCUGCGCUCAAGCUCUUUGCUGAGAUCAGUAUGCUGAGAGACUCGUAACCCCUCCUCUCUGGAGCCACUCCACACUGCCGGAAAGUGUCCAGAACACCGUAAUUAUACGGUACUCUGACUAGGCUCAAGCCUACCGCUGUGGCAGGUUGGUCCCACGGGGGUGGAGGAUGGACGAAGGGUGUCUCUCUGUUUCAUAGAAGCUGAUGGUCCAUAGCAUAUUGGCAACGCUAUCUGAGUUUAGAGCUUUGCCUCUUUGGACUCUCCUUUGCAAUGCAGGACCCGUUAGCUACUGAAUGAGUUGUACUGUGGAUGUUGUACUGUGCACAAGGAACUUAUCCAGCUAGACUCAAAUGGACAAGGUGGUACUUAAGUUCAUAAAUGCUGUUACUAGUAGUUAGAGAUUCUCUGGUACAUCUGUAUACUUUUAGCCAGUAGUUCUGAAAGUAGCGCUCACGAGCCAAAAGUGGUCCCUGAAAAUUGCAUACUACAUCACAUAUGUGUACCACGUCAUUGCUCUCGCUCUGCUGUGUGUGUCUUGCUAGCUGUCACUCAAAUAGUGAGGGGCUGAAGCACAUUGGUUGGAACUCGAGUUGUUAGGGGGCUGGCCCACGUGGGGGUAAAUGGGUUAGGGUUAGGGCACAGCUUCCAGUAAACAGCCUCUUUCAAACUAGGAUUUUGUGGCUAAUUGAGGUAAAGUAAUUCUGCUCAUAGAUUAUGCAUGUAUGAACUACACGUCACAUGCACCAAAUACAACAGGUGUAGACUUUACAGUGAAAUGCUUACUUACGAGCCCAUUCCCAACAAUGCAGAGUUAAAAUAUGAGGCAAAUAUUUGCUAAAUUAAAAGGAAAUGCACAUCCAGCCUGAAGUGGGAGGUUUAAAAAUAUAUGAACUCCGCAAAAAAA